CAGAAAUAACUUUGCGUAUUAGGUUUAUCGAGGGCGGAUCUUCUGGACCCAUUUUUAAAGCCCUAGCCUCUCUCGACGAGAAAAAGCCCUAGCCUCCCUCCAGCUACCUCCACCGUCGCCUGCGACACCUCCCUCCGACGUUGUGUCCCUCCAGCGUCGCCGACCUUCCGCGGCGACAUCCCUCCCGCGGCCUCCUCCUCCAACGUCGUCUCCCUCCCUGCUGCGUCGCCGACCUCCAGGGACCUCCAGGGACCUCCAACGACUUCCCUCACCUCCAGUCGCGUCCCUCCCGCGGCCUCCUCCUCCAACGUCGUCUCCCUCCCUGCUGUGUCGCCGACCUCCAGUGGCUCCAGCAUCGCGCCGACCUCCCUCGUGCGACCUCCAGCCGCCUCCCUCCGACUUCCCUCACCUCCAGCCGCCCCCUCCCUGGACUAGCUGUCCAAAUCUUUCACUCUAUCUCGGAGACAAGUACUAAGCCCGGCCCAAUUUGUCUGGCCCGUUAAAAGGGAUGGUUCGAGACUUGAAUCAUCGAUGUGACGGUUGACACUCGAAGGUCUCACAGCGGCGGCAUCCAAUCCGGCGACGACUGUGGCGACCUUUCCCCGUCCUCUCUGCUGUUUCGCCUGAUAAUAUUUAUGGCCAUCAAUCGGCCCAGGAGGCGAGGUCGGCCACAGACCGUCCUUCCUCUUCAUAGCAGCUCUACCCGUAGCGGCGUCUCCUGCUGGUAUUGCGAUUUCAAGAUUCAUACAUUCAAUGAGGCAUUGUUUUCUCUUGGUCGUCGGUACUCCAGAUUCAUAAAGAUGUGGUUUACAGUGGGCGCUGCUUUCAGUUUGGUCACUCUGACUGGAGUUUCAUUGAUGCUUUUGUGGGAUUCAACCGAUGCUCUCACUCUUCCUCUAAGGACUUCUGGAGUUAAUGGUCUUUUGCAGAGAUGGUUGUUUGGAACCACUUUUUUGUUUCCUCGGAGUGUAUCAAUCCUUGAUGCUAGCUCUAUGAUCAUUUCAACAAUGUUGUCAGUUGGUGUUCAUGAAUUUGGACAUGGAAUUGCUGCUGCAAGUGAAGGCCUGCGAAUUGAGUAUAUUGCAGUAUUUCUAGCCAUCUGUUUUCCUGGAGCCUUGGUUGCAUUCGACUAUGAUUGGUUGCAAAGUUUGCCUCAAUCUUCUGCCCUACGGAUAUACUGCGCUGGCAUAUGGCAUAAUAUUACAUUUUCUGCAGCAUGUUUCUUGACAUUGAUCUCACUUCCAGUGAUCUUGCAUCCCUUUUACCUAUAUGGUCAAGGUCCUCUUGUAUUAGCGGUGCCUAAAGUAUCUCCCUUAUAUGGGUAUUUAUCUCCUUAUGAUGUUAUUGUGUCAGUCGAUGGAUCAAAUAUAAAAAGCCCUCAUGAAUGGAUCAAUAUCAUGGCCAAUUAUGACUCGCAAAUUCUUCCUGAACCUUCUGUAACAAAAGGUAUUCAAACCUUUGAAGCUCUUUCUCAUAUUAAAGGAUACUGUGUUCCUGAUAAUUGGAUCAAAGCAAGCAGCACUUCAUGUGGGGAUGAGUUGGCUGAUUUUGUCUACUGGCCUUGCAACAAUUCAAGACCAGUAUUUGAUAAUAUUAGAGAUGAGAUGAAUAAAUCAGAAAGUAAACAUUGUUUGAUUGCUAGAGAUGUGGUGAAGUGUAAAAAAUGUUGGAGUCGGAGUGACUCUAAUUUCAAUGGAAGUAUUGGAAGAGUUUGUGAUUGUUUGGAGGAUGAAACUUGCAUGACACCUGUUCAAAUUCCAGGCAUGUCAUGGGUUGAAGUUACAUAUUCAAGCCCUUAUUCUUCACAGUGCUCUGAGUACAGAAGUAAUGCAUCAACGUAUAGUGAGAAUUUUGGUUUUGAUUCAACGUUUUGUGGAGGGACUUUUGUAUUUAUUGGUGAUGCCCUUUCCUUGGCACACUCAAUUCAUUUGUCUGCAUAUCAGCCCCGAUGGAUAUUUACAGCUUACAUGGCACAUAUGCCAGAUGUGCUUGAAAAGUUUCUAGCUUGUUGUUUUCGCAUUUCUGCUUCAUUGGCUUUAGUUAAUAGCUUACCGGUAUUCUUUCUGGAUGGUGAAUCUAUCUUAGAAAUUGUUCUUUGCUAUUUCACCUUUCUUAAACGAAGGCCACGACUUAGAUUCUUGCGGUUUUGCCUUGUCGGAGGAACAAUCUUGUCCAUCAUUUCCUUUUCCCGACUACUCUACUUCAUGAUAGUAGCCCGCGAAUAGCAUUUAUUCACAACUUGUCUAUUCUGUAAGUAUCAAUGUGAUUAUCAAAGACUAAAUUAGCAAUUAUGGGCUCAAUUAUGUGUGAGAACCUAUUUUUGGAAUAUGGACAAGUGAAAAUUCAGUGUGAUGAUGCCAAUAUAAUGAAGACUCCACCUCAAGAACAUAAGGCUUUCACUUCGGCUAAUUCAUUAAGCCAACAACUUCGAUCUUGUUACCAUCAAGGUUAGAGACAGGCACCUCCGGUUCAUCACAAAUCAGUAAUGAAAUUUGGCAUCUGAAGGAUUUAUUCAUCGUCUUCAGGCUUGCUUGAAUUCUUUAUAUGGUGUCAGAAUCAGAAUACAGUUCAAAUUUGAUCAUCAGAAGAGAAAUGUUCAUACUUUUAAGAGGUUCACGAGCUCUUACAUCAGUGCUCUGUGACAUCUGAUAUAUUAACAGCUACCGAAUCUGCUUCUUCCAUGCUCAGGCAUUCCCACUGUAAAGAUUAGGAUGUCCAUAGGGACGAUAGCAUCAGGUGAGAAGACGAAUUGGAGACAAGGUUAGAGGAUCUUCCAGCAAUGAUGAUUCAUGGUGAGUUCUAGUGGAUUGUAUGAAUCCGGUCAAUUUAAUUUGUUCUAGAUGUAAAUUCCUUAAAAUGAUAUCAUAACUUUGAUCAACAAAGUAUUUUUAUAUCUCCAUACGAAGGGUGUUGUGUUAGGAUAAAAUAUUUUAGUGAUUUAUCUAUUCAUAUCUUGUCGUGGGACC